AUGGCUUCAACCAUUGAACUCGUAUCAUCAUUCAUUGAGGGUGCUCCUCCCGGCGAGCCUCCAUACUUGACUAUAGAUGUGCAAGCUUUGACCUCUGAUGGCGACGACAUUCUGCCCUCUCUUGCUCCCGCCUUUGCUCGAUACAACGAGGGUCAGCUUGCCACUGUGAAGCUUCCUGGGUCAAGUCAAGAGGUCAUUGUCAGUGAAUUCAACCGGUUGGAAGACAAUCGGUAUUUCGAUACAGAAAGUCAAACCUCGUUUGAGAUGGAUCACACAACCCAGACCGCCUCUAAUGCGCAAUCUUCACCUCUUGAGUCACAAAAUGCCGAUUUGAUUAAAUCACUGCUUAAAUCCCUCGCUGUCCACGCAAAGGAACACUAUCCCAACUGCUCCUAUGGCGUGUAUCCCAUUGAGAAUGACUCUGCUGUUGCUAUUCUUCUGGUUGCUAACCGAUACUCCCCCAACAAUUUCUGGAACGGUCGAUUCCGCGCUAUCUAUCAAGUCCCUGUUUCCGACUCGUCCUCCUCCGUGACCGGCAAGAUCCACGUGGAUGUACACUACUACGAGGAUGGCAACGUUGCAAUGAACACUACCAAGCCUGUCAACCUGUCAAUCAACUCUGUCACCGCGGAAUCCAUCAUCUCUCGCAUUGCCACUGCCGAGCGCGACUACCAGGAGGAGUUGAACCGGGCCUUCGUGCAGAUGGCGGAGGGUGCAUUCAAGGGGCUCCGACGACAGCUGCCCAUCACCCGUCAGAAGGUGGAAUGGGAGAAGGUUGGAGGAUACCGAUUGGGACAAGAUAUCUCUGGAGGAAAGGGACGAUAG